AUGGCCGGUCUCCUAUCUGAAGAUAGUCGGAGAGAUCUUGUUCGUCCCGUUUUGAGUGGACUGAUUGAUGACAAGAGUUGGCGUGUACGGUUUAUGGUAGCAGAGAAGCUUACGGAGAUCCAAGAUGCAAUUGGUGAGGAAAUGACGAUGUCGGAGCUGGUGCCAGCGUUUACCAAUCUGCUAAAAGAUCCGGAAGGUGAAGUCCGUGGUGCUGCGGCACAGAAACUCAACAGUGCGUUUACAUUAAUUGAUUUUUUAUUGGUUCCAAGCCUUAGAUUAGCUUUAGCAGAGAAACAUCAUCGCUUACAACUCCAUUUCGUUGAUCAUAGCAUUACAGCAUUUUGUGCGAAUCUGAAGAAAAGCGCGAGAGAAUCUGCAAUCUUGAAUAAUAUCUUACCCGUUGUCAAGGAGUUAGUCACCGAUCCAAAUCAGCAUGUAAAAACUGAGCUUGCUGGUGUCAUCAUGGGUCUCGCUCCUCUUGUUGGGAAGGAAAACACGAUAUCGCAGUUGUUACCUAUAUACAUGCAAUUACUGAAAGACAGCACGGCUGAAGUUCGACUGAAUAUCAUAAGCAGCCUUGAUAAGGUGAAUGACGUCAUAGGAGCCUCUCAACUUUCACAGUCACUUUUGCCAGCCAUCGUCGAACUAGCCGAAGAUGGCAAAUGGCGCGUGAGAUUAGCUAUCGUGCAGUUUAUGCCCUUGCUUGCAGCACAAUUGGGUCAGCAAUUUUUCGACGAAAAAAUGUUGCCAUUGUGUCUCAAUUGGCUAUGCGAUCACGUGUAUGCGAUCCGAGAAGCUGCCACCAUGAUUCUGACUGAACUUGCUGGGAAGUUUGGCGGAGAAUGGGCGACAAAAAAUAUUAUGCCCAAGGUUCUUACUCUAUCCAAGGAUCUCAACUACUUACAUCGUAUGACUUGCCUGUUCUGUUUGAAUUCUCUUGCCGAAGCUGUGGGAGCGGAGCAGACUGCGAAAGAAAUCAUGCCAGUUAUUAAAGAGGUAUGUUUUUGGCAGUGAGC